AUGGUUUUGGCCUUCAUAGGUGUGGAUUCUGCAAGUUUAGGUGGAUUGGAUAGUAUAGGUGGUUUAGAAGAAAAUUGUGGAAAGAAAUUUGGAGUAACAGACUUUGUCAAUGCUGGAGAAUGUGGGAACAAACCUAUUAUCAUAGAGAAAACUGGUACGGGAGCAGAUUAUUGCUUUGAAUGUGUUGGUAUGGCAUCAUUGAUUCUUGAAGCAUAUGCUUCUUGUAGAAUGGGUUGGGGAAAAACAAUUGUGUUAGGAGUGGACAGGCCAGGAGCCAAGAUAAACCUCAAUUCUCAUGAUGUCCUCCAUGACGGGAAGAGCCUCAUGGGAUCCUUAUUUGGAGGUCUCAAACCCAAGUCUCAUGUACCCAUUCUCCUUAAACGUUACGUAGAUAAGGAGUUGUAG